UUUUUUUUUUUUUUUUUUUUCUCCCUGCCAGCUGGGGCAGCUCGUCCCGUCCCGUCCCGUCCCGUCCCACCGGGCAGCGGCAGCCGCUCGCCGGGGGAUGCAGCGCCCCGCGCCCCGCGGCUGAGCGGGCUCCCGGCCGGGGGGGGCUCCAUGGGCGGCACCGGCAGCGCCCUGCGCUGCUGCCCCGCCGGCGGCAAGGGCAAGCCGUGGCAGCAGUGAGAACAAACCCUGUGAAUCCCGACCGUCUGGUGCCUCCUCGCCCCGCUGCCUGGGCCGCGUUCAACGCCGUGGCCGCUCACGCCAUAGAAGGGAAGAUAAAGCCGCGGCUUCCCAGAGCUUCAGAGUUUUCCUGCUCUCUCUGGCAACUGUGUUUCCCUCCAGCUUCAGAAGGGGGGCUGCAGGGGAGGCGGGGGCAGGGACGCCUGUUUUUUUUGCCUCGCUUUUUUCCCAAGCCAGGCUCCCUAAUCUGGUCUGUAUUUGGCCACGCCGCUGUGACAGCAGGACCAAGCCGGGGUGCAGCCUGCACAGUGGGGUCCCCGGCUCCCCACAGGCUGGUUUCAUUAAGGACUGGUAUUUUUAGGGGCAGCUUUGCCAGGGACUAGAGAGCAGCAAUGUGUCUGCAGGUGGAUUCCCUCACCUACGGUGCAUCCAUACCCCUGCCCAGAAGCACAACCCAGCGAUGGGCAGCAGGGGCAAGAUUUGCCCUGCACCAGGGAGGCCGAGCUGUGAGAUCAGGCGAGCUUUGCUUCUAUAUUUCAGCAACGGAUAAAAAUAUAUCCUUUUUUUAAAAAAAAAAUUUUCCUCCUCGCCUCCAAGUAACUAAAUUAAACCCAUGCAGGGCUGGAAGGCAUCCUGAGGAGCUGUGUUGCUGAAGGCAGCUCCUGGCUCUGGGUAAUAUCAGCCCCGCGGCAGCAGUGGGAGCAUGCGGGAGUGCGCGGGGCCAAGCAGCACAUUCCUGUGCUCCUGAGGUCAUCACUCGCGCCGCCGCCAGCCCUCGCCUGCUGCCAGUCCUGCACAGGGUCGGCACCGCCUCUGAUUUAUGGUUAUUUUAAAUUUCUCACUCCUGCUCCAGCGUGGGCUGUGUCAAAGCCCAGCUGUGUAAGGCACUGGCAGAGGGGUGUGUUUGGGGUGCUGCAAGGUGCCAGGGACCAGGCUGGCCCUGAGCAUCCCGGGGAAGUGGGGACAGGGCAGGAUCAGGGUGGCAAGGAAGCACCAUAGCCAGAGCCUUGCCAAGUGCUGCCUGCUCUCCCCAACCAAAUGUUUUGCUGCCAGAGCCUAUUUUGCACCAGCACCAUGUCAGCGGGGGUUGUGAGCAUCCCCCAGGUUUUCCAGCCGGUGGCUGGCAAUGGAAGUGUCCAGGGCACAGAGAAAUGUCACAAGCUCAGGGCUGCUUGCCAGCAGCCAUGGGUGCCAUGGGUGCUCGGGGCUGUCAGAGAGCAGGGGGUCGGGCAGGGACCACUGCUGCUCGAGCACCAGUGUUUUAGCAGGGCUGAAGUGUGCUCAGCACAGGGUGCCUGGCUGCAGGGUGUUCUCUGCUUGCAGCCACCUGCCCCCCCUUUGUCCCCCCUCUGCUCCAGCCCCCUCUUUCUCUGCCAGAGACAGCUAAAAGCCCAGCAGCAGAGGGGACCGGCUACCCAGGAGCUCACAGUCUUGAAGACAGAGAAAGCCAAUGCCACCCUGUCGCCUGAAGAUGGGAAGGAGAAGGCAACACUGCGAGAGGAGCAGACGGAGAGCAGGAGACUCCUCCAAGUCCAGGAGGAGGAGGAGGAGCAGCUGCGGGAUGCUGGCCAGGCAGGCACCCCCGGAAUCACCCAGGACGUUAACAUCCAGGUGGAAAAGGGAAAAGACCUGGAGCUGGAGGAGCAGUUUGAUGCCCUGAGGAGAGAGCACAUGGAGACCCUGCAAGAGCUCCAGAGAGCACAUGAGCAGGAGAAGCUGCUUCUGGCAGAGUCCCACCACAGAUCCCAGGCGGCCUUACAGGAGACCAUCCAGGCUCUGAAUUCCCAGCUGAAGUCCUUCCAGGAGAGGAUAAAGCGGGUGGAGGAGUCGCUUUUGAGCACAGACUACAAGAAGCACAUCCAGGAGCACGGGAGCCCCAGUCCCUUCUGGGAGCAGGAGCUGGAGAGCCUGCACUUCGUCAUCGAGAUGAAGAACGAGCACAUCCACGGCCUGGACAAGAAGCUGCUGAACCUGGAGACCGUGGCGGAGAGGAACCUUCUGCUGGAGGAGAAGGUGAAGAUUCUGCAGCAGGAGAACGAGGACUUGCAAGUUCGCAGCCAGAACCACUUGGUGGUGGCGAGGCAGCUGUCGGAGGAGCUCCUGGCCGCCCGCGGGGACCUGGAGAAGGAGGCGCAGCUGCGGGAGCAGGCUCGCCGCGAGAAGGAGGAGCUGCUGUACCGCCUGCUCAACGGGGGGGACGGCUCCCCCUUCCCCACCGCUGCCGGCGAGGUGCCCCCCAUCGCCACGUAGCACCCCGCCGACCGGCACCGAGCGCUGCCGGGGGGGCUGGCGGGGCUUUCCUCCGGGAGCGUGAGCCCGGGGCUGCUCUCACAAGGGCCCCCCGCUGCCGGGGCAGGACCCCGGGGCUGACCGAGCCCUCGGGGUGGCCCCGUCCCAUCGGGGCGAUGGAGCAUUUCGCUGGACGCUCGCGCCUGCCUUUGCCCAGCCCUCGCGGGGCUGCAUGGAGACCCCGGCCACCCUCCCCCUACUCCCCGUGCCAGCCCUGCACCCCUUCCCCUGCGGGGGGGGCUUUCUGGGGGUGAAAGGGGUCAGCCAGGACACACAGAUGUGCAUUGGGCUGGAUCCGCCCCAGCGCUUGGCUCUGAGCAUAACCAGCAGCAGUGCUGCCCGGGGGGGUCAGGCGAGGAAGAUGAGGCGCUCACCGGGCUGGGGACGAGCAUCGGGAGGAUGAGGAGGGUGCCGGGGACAUAGUGCUGUUAAGACACCUCAUUCCCCGGGGGAGCAUCCCUGGGAAGCGGGCGGCCAAGCCCAGGGCUGAGCCACAGAGACUUUGACGGGGUGGCAGCGACGGGCAGGAGGGACGGCUGCAGCGGGGUGUACCUGCCACCUCCGGCGCUGCCCUUGCUGUAGACCAUGUCCGCCUGUGCCAUUUUGGGCCUUGGCCUCCUGCUCAGGCUGCCCCAAGGCGAUGACACCCACUCCUGCCAUUUCCAGGGUAAGCAGGCCUUCCCCUGCCCGGGAGCUGCCUCACUCCCUGGGGAGGGGGGGUCAGGCAGGGCUCCCACCCGUGCCCUCCUCUCCCCAUCUUCAGCAAGCGGCUCCCGGGGAUCGUUCCGGCAGCCCAGGCGUGCCCCCCCCCCCGCUGCCACCCAGAUGCCAAGCACUCCUUGUAGCCGCUGCCCAUCAGCAGCACCACCAGCCCCCUCUUCUCCCCCACAGCCGGGCAGAGGCUGCACACCCCGAGGGGCACACGGGGGGAGCAGAGCAUCCUCCCGAGGGGGAGAAGGCUUCAGGGGCAGCUGCCAGCAGGUCACAGCCCUCCCUGCUCCAAACCAGCGCAGCCCCGGCGGGGAAGAUGCUGCCAGCACGGCUGCGGGUCGGGGCUGGAUGCACACAGGCACUUUCCACUGGGCGCACGGGUGUGGUGGGACGGUCGCUGCACUGGAGGCUGUCACUGGCCUGUCCCCCCAGGGCACUCACUGCUCCGUGCAUCCCCAUGGCUGCAGGGAUGGGUGGUGGGGCAGCCACCCGCUUUGCAAAGCCACCUCAGGGAUGUGGGGGGAUGCACCAGAUGCUGUAGCCAUGAGCGGCGGCUGAGGGACAGGGUGGGCAAGGAUACAGGAGGAAGUUGAGGGGUGGCAGAAAGUGGUUUCAAAGGAAAAAAAAAUAAAAUACAAACAACCCACAACCCAGUAA